AUGACAACUAUAUACGAUUUCCCGACCGAGACCUUGCUCCAUGUAUUCAUGUACUUGGCCGCUGCUUGGCCAGCUGGCCGCUUCAACGACAUAACGAAGCGUAGUGGGCUUGGAUGGGUCAAUGCAACGCAUGUUUGUCGGCAUUGGAGAGGCAUACUUUUGCGCUUCGGCGGUAUAUGGUCCUUAUGGGCGACUUCGUUCCACAACAUCAACGCAUUCAACACAUUCUUGCUCCGAUCCGGAGCUACUGCACCUUGGAUCGACCUGGAUUUACUGUAUGCCAAUGCUGGACCCCGCCGCAUAACGCAAGAUAUGCUUAACACCAUACUCGCCACCGAAGUGCUGAGCAGAGCCCAAGGCUUGGUAUCGAGCAAGCGUUAUCAGACUCAAUGGCCACUUUCGCGUCAUCUGCAAGUCGCUCUUCGAACUGUCGUGUUCUACAACGUACAGCGCGUCGAUAUAUACAUAUCUUCCUCGACGCCAUUGAACGGCGAGAUGAACGCGCCGCAACUCCACGCACUCAGCAUUCGCUCAGAUGCCGCACACGGAUCUCAUUGCCCGGUCUCGGUCGGGUUUUUGGUAUACAUAUUCAAGAACUCGACUCGCCUACAAGAGCUUCGCAUACGUCGAUGUAUCAACACAACGACCAUGACCCAGUUCGACGAUAACGAAGUUCGCCUCCCUCGCCCGUUGGCCGUCAUCGACGUAUCUUGCCAUAGCGAGCAAUUCCUGCCAGUCUUACACGCGUUUUUCAACCUUAAGUCUUCCAACACGGUUACGAUCGAGUUAUACGCACCCCGCGAUCUUCGAGACGCCCUGACGUCCGCGAUAGACCAUGUCGGAUUACAGCGCAACGCUGCUCAAGCUCUCGACAUCCGAUAUGAGCGCGAGCAGGUUUUCCAGCGAUCUCACUCUAUUCGGGACACCUUCUUCGUAUUAUGCAUCGUAUUCCCAACCGGCUACACUAUCAAGCUUCGCAUGGGUGACCGCAGCACAAACUGGUCUUGGAAAAUGUUCGUGGACGACUUUCCUUGCGCCGAGAUCCGUGACCUUUCCUUGACCAACAACUCUGACUUCGAUAACUCACCCGAUCACUACCGACCUUACGACCUCAUCACUGCUCUGUCCGGGCUCCACACGCUGACAGUCGCGGACCGUCCGCAUAUCGAACUACUGCGUUCCGUGCCCCGUGUGGCACCGGUGGACGUUUUGACUGUAGAUGUCCAUGGCGGAACGAACCUUGCCGACUUAGCAGAAGUAUGGCAUUGGUUACGGAAGCGAGGGACAAAGCCGUCGUCGAUGAUGCUAUGUCUUACUGGGAGACUGUGCGGUCUUGGCCCGGACGAGGAAUAUUGCUACCUGGAGGGACCAACUAUGGCGGCGCUGAGCCUCUACGCGACCAUCAUUGACUACCGCGUCACUAGUAACGGUGGGUUUCCAGGGCAAUAUCAGUUUUGA